GCUCCGGACUCUGCAGACAUCAGUGAGAAAAAAAGAUGAGGAGCUGAACGAUGAAGAAAGACUUCAGGUUCAACGCCAAAAGUCGGGAUAAUCCCCGGGCCUGGACUUCUCUCCGGGAGCGCGUGAGCGUCUCCGGGAGCGCGUGGAGCUCCGAAGAGACCCGCGAGUGUUAAGCAGCGCACAUACUUGGCUGCAGCUGAACACCGUGGACUCUGGGCUCCCUCUGCUCAAGCCUGACCUCCAGUGUCUGCAGCUGGUGCUGUUGAAGAAGAUGAUCAACCCUCAGAUAUUCCGCCACUAUAACUACACGGGCAAGCUGGACCACCGGCCCAGCGUCGGCACGAGCCCCGGCUCUGUGGACACCAAGACCAUCGUGUUCCUCAUCAUAUGCAGCUUCAUCGUCCUGGAGAACCUCACCGUGCUGGUCGCAAUAUGGAGGAACCACAGGUUCCACAACCGCAUGUACUUCUUCAUCGGCAACCUGGCUCUGUGCGACCUCCUGGCUGGGGUGGCCUACCUGGUGAACCUGCUGCUGUCGGGGGAGAAGACCCUGCAGCUCUCACCUGCUCUCUGGUUCGUCAGGGAGGGGAGCAUGUUCGUAGCACUUGGCGCUUCCAUUUUCAGUCUCCUUGCGAUUGCAAUAGAGAGACACCUGACGAUGAUCAAAAUGAGACCUUAUGAUGCCAACAAGAACUACAGAGUGUUUCUGCUCAUAGGCGCCUGUUGGCUGAUUGCGAUAUCUCUUGGAGCGUUGCCAAUUCUGGGCUGGAACUGCCUGAACAAUCUCCCCGAUUGCUCCACAGUCCUUCCUCUCUACACCAAGAAAUAUGUGGCUUUCUGUAUUUCUGUUUUCAUGAUCUUGCUGCUGGCCAUGUCAGUCCUCUACGCCCGAAUCUACAUCCUGGUGAAAUCCAGCAGCCGGAAGGUGAGCAAGCACAGCAACUCAGAGCACGCCAUGUCUCUGCUGCGCACCGUCAUCAUCGUCGUCGGGGUCUUCAUCGCCUGCUGGACGCCCAUCUUCGUCCUGCUGCUGGUGGACGUGGCGUGCGAGCAGCGCUGCCCCAUCCUCUACAAGGCCGACUGGUUCAUCGCGGUGGCCGUCCUCAACUCCGCCAUGAACCCGGUCAUCUACACGCUGGCCAGCCGGGAGAUGAGACGGGCCUUCCUGGGGCUGGUCUGUGGCGUCUGCUACCGGGGGAAGGCCUCCGCCAACGGCAGCGGGAACAGGCAGCCCCUGGAGCCCAGCCGCAGCCGGAGCAAGUCGUGGAGCAGCCAGAACAACCCCAACCAGAACCCGCCGGGCGCCAGACAGGCCGAGCCGGCGAGGGGCGAGGAGGUCGCUGUGGUGGCAGGACCGAGCAGAGGGGCUGCCGAGGCGCUGCCCGAUGGUGAAGGAAAAGACUGAAGAAGGCCAGAACGUGCUACUCACAGUGGAGGAAAGACUGAAAAUCCUGAAAAGCUGAUGGCUGAUUUUCUAAAGCUUGAAACAGGGCAGCUUGUGAGGAACUUUGGAGACACAAGAGACAGUUUGAUUCUCCGAAAGACACUUACCCAGACAAUAUAUAAAUGGGUGGCACGUAACCUAUAGUUUAAAAAGUGCAAUUAUAAAACUGCAAAAACAAUGUAAUGAAGAAUGAUUGUACUUAUUAUCGUGACGAGAAAACAGUUGAAGGUAUUUAUUAGUAUAUACUCUGUAAAUGUAUUUACUCUAUAGCUAUUUGAAAUAGGUAUUGUCUUGAGGAGUGGAACUCCUAAGAUUUUUUUUUUCUAUGUAUCAACAUGUUUAAAUGAAAAAAAAAAGGAAGUUGCCAGUACUUAAAAAAAACAUUUAACCUCGUUGAACAGCAGCAGCUUCAGUGAUACUAGGGCUCCAUCUGCUGCUGAUGCUUGGUAUUGCUGCAUGUUCAGUAAACAGUAGCUUCAGUGGCGGUUUUUUUAAACAGGGAAAGCAUGAAAUUAGUAAACUAAAGAAAGCAGUCCAGAGAGGCAUGUGGAUGCAGCAUGCGAGACGUGAAGCUAAACCCAGCUGCUGUACUUGUAUGAGUCAAAAACGACAGCUUUCACACAAUAAAGCAAAACAAAAAAAGAGUAGCAAAGAUGCAUCAACAAUAGAGAUGAUUACAUUUCUGCAAGUUUGCUUAAUCCAAAUCACAAAGUGUCACUUUUUUCCUGUGUUGUGAAGCCAUGUUGACGGUUUCACAUUGACGUGUCUCCUUCUGACAUUUAUGUUCAACCAACACACAACAUGUGGCGUGAGUAUCGAGUCUGAAGCAUUCAACGGCAACAACAAUCAGUAAAUAUCACAGUUUCCUGUCAUCAUUUCAUCAACUGAUAAUGAUUUCAAUGAAGACAUUUUAAAUAAUGUUAAAACACCGAUUGAAGUAAAAUCUGAUACUUUUUGGAUGAGGCGUACCUGAGAGCAGUGGUCUCUUCUUCACCUUCCCUGAAAGCUUCCCUAAAGCUCAAAUGCCAACCUCUUGUGGACACUCUCUUUCUAGCAUGCGUCCUGUUAUAGUUUUGAUAUUUGACAAUCUAAUAUUGCAGCUUCGGAGCCUUGGACCUCCCUGUUAGGGAGUGAAGACUCCAGGUUGAGAACUGGUGCCUCAGAGGAUCAUGAUUUGGCAGUGUGUGUAAGAGCUGCAUGUAUCAUGAUCCAAAAUACAACAUAACAAGAACUGCGAUUCUACACAUUCACUGUUUUAUUGCCAACAGUCAUACAGAAUAAUGAUAAACCCAUACAACCAAAAGAUUAAAUCUGUAAACAUCAUUUGGACUCGUUUCUAUGUUUUUUUAAAGCUUUUUUUAUUAUCUUUUUUCUUUUUUUUGUGUUUUUUUUUUCUUUUUUUUUUUUACUAUACCUGUCCCAAAAUAGUGAGCUUUUGUGUGAUCCCCUCUGACAAAGAUUUAUAUUUAGAGUCUGGAAAUGAUACAUUUAUAAUAUAUAAUUGAGAGGGGGGCAGGAGAGGGGAGGGAAGGAAAGAGACAGAGAAAGAGAGAGAAAACAGGAGUCUCAAGCAGCAACACGCAGCAGGGCAAAACACAACCUCUAGUGAACAGGCAUGCCCCAUCGAAGAUCAGCUAUUGCACUUUGAAGGGAGGGAGAAAGAGAAAUAAAAACACCAUUUGUACAAAUAAAAGGCACAUUUUCAUCAACAGAAAUCUGGAAAGACGCCAUGUUCUUAUUUGUAUCCCAGGGUGUUUGGUUGUGGAAUUCAUUUACGUCUCAACAGCGAGAUUCAAAUAUGAAGUUUGUC